UCUGCUUGCCUCAUUGCCGGUUAGAAAGCCAAUGGAACGAGUUUCGUUGAGUGUGCAACUAAUUUUCUAAAUUGUUGUCGCUGCUGAUCGUCGAGCGUGGCAAAAAAAAAAAAACAACACACACAUAUUAUUUAUAUGGCCAACAUCGCACAAAGAAAAUACCUGUCAGCAAAAUUGGUCAUCAAUUUGGUGGCUUUUUCGCUGUCUAGAAAUGUUUUUAUCAAUGACGUUUCAAUCAGAUCUUCUCUUAAAAAAAUGAUAUGCAUAAACACGUUAUGAUCUUACUUAAAGGUGAUAUCAUUUUGCCUCUACGUGAUUUAUGAAUAAAUUAAAUAAAACUUAUCAGAUUCUUUUAACUAUAAACAGUAUGUCUAGCUAGUGACUCAUAUGCUAUUAAAAUAUUUAUUCAAAAAUAUGCAUAAAUAUUUGAUUAUUUAUAAUUAGGAUGAUAAGAUUUUGUAUGAUAUUUAACUUUCUCAACUUAUAGGUUUUAAAUAGAUAUGCCUUAUAAAUGACGAAAGCUUAAGAUUUCAAAAUGUCUAAGGUUUGCAAGGUGAUUAGGGUCCGGACAAUGGGUCCACAUAUAGAGUGGGUGAUGUAGCCGAGAUUUUAGAUCCGAUAUCACCCAUUCAUCAUUGAGAAGAUCGAUCUGUCAUUUAUGCGAUUGAUUGAUUGAAUUUUAAUAAAAUCUUUGGAUUCUGAUUUAUUUUUUAUAUCGGCUUUUUUCGUUUUGGGAGUGCGUCGUCAUCAUUUAAUGGUGGAGAAAGACGAACCAGAACCCAUAGAAGACGAGGAGCUACCAGAACCUAGAGUAAGAAGAAGAGUGGGCUCUAAAAAGAGAGGAGGCGAGGAGAGACAAGUUAAUGGAUUAGGAAGCGAGCACAAAAGGCAGCGAAGAAUCGAAUCUCGGCUACUUGCGACAUUCUCCCUCUUCCUCCCACUCGCACCUAAGUAGGCGGGUUAGAAAGAGAGGCGAUGAGAUAGAGAGAAAGAAAGAGCCAGAGCGGAAUUUGAUGGCCAAAGGAAAGGUGAAAAGAGGCAACUUGGCUUAGACGAUGAUGAUGAUGACUGUUUCUUGAUGGCUCUGUGUACGUGUGUGUGUGUGGACAAACAGGUAUCACGCACACACACAGACACAUUCACACCUGUGUGGAAUAACUAAGCAGCGACCCGAUUUUGAACAAAGAGAGAUAGAGAGAGAUUUAGAGAGAGAAAAAACAGAGCUAAGAAGCCAUGCCAUGCGCUUAAAAAGUAUUACAAAUCUAUAACAAAUCUACCAUGAAUCUACCAACCAACAAAGAUUAUUAUGGAACCCGACGGUUAUCCCCAAUAUUUCCAGUUUUUAAAAGUUAAAUAUGUAUGUUUCUUGAAAUAUUAAAAUUCUUUUUGAAAUCUUGCUAAUUGAUUCUGACAAUCUUAACGGUAAAAUGUUUAACUUUUUAAGCAGUUUACAUUUAAUACCAGUUAGUUGCAAGCGGAUGCCUUACACUUUGGUUUUAAUCAAUAUUCUGACAACGUAUACACAAUGAAUUAGACAAAGUGUCUUUUUAAACGAUUUCCAUACCUCUAAUUAGUUAUUUCGAUUCCGAUCGUAGGUAUUCCUUUUUAAGACCGCCCAAGAGCAAGAAUUUGGGCCCUGUAAACACAUCUAAACUAUAUAGGCCGAAAAUCGGUAUGCAAAAACAAGAACAAGUAGUCUUCAUAUGUAAAACUGUUCUCAUUAAGUUCCCAACAGAUCAUUAUGACGUUUCGCCUCAUCUCGCUCUUUCUCUCGCUCCGUCGGUUGUGUACUUGUAUGAAUUAAGAUUUUUGUUUUUUGUGAUUUUGCCGGUUGCCACACCUGAAAUUCAACUCUCUCUCUCUCGCUUGCGCCAACGCAGCAGCAGCAGCGGCAGCAGCAAGAACAAGAACGGACAAAAGGAAAGACUUAAACGACAUACGUGUCUCGCGCUCUGCUGACGUCGCCGCUCUCCCUCUCUAUCGCACUGUUCCUCGGCCCCACUCUCCACACUCUUCUCUCUGAUUUGUGUGUUUUUUCUUUGGUUUUCUUUCAGUUCGUUUCAACAGGCGCGCCGUCGCAGUUCGAAAAGCGCGGCUCUCGCGAACGAAACAACAGCUAUUAAAUUUAACUAGUUACAAAGGAAACGCGCGCCUUAAAUAAAUCAAGAAAAUUGGUUCGUCUUUUAGAAACGCAAAAACCGAUUUUUUUUCAAGUGCUGUCAACCCACCAAAAAUAAAAAUACAAAUACAACAAGUAUAGUGAAGAAAGCCAGCAGAGAGAGAAAUCUUAAGAAGCCAGAAGAGCGGUGGGCAGUGAAGAGGAGGUCACCAGACAGGGUCACCGAAUAUUGAGAUCGCCAUCGAGGACUUCGAAAUAAAGGACAAGGAGCGGAGAAGCCAGCGAAGCGACCGAACAAACCAAAAAUGAAUCCGACGCCCGUGGGCAUUGGAUUCGGAUUUGGUCGCAAGCCGCCCAACAAGGCCAGAAUGCGUUCCCGCUGGCGGCCACCGGCGACAGCCCUGCUGACCCCUGACCCCGCCGAAGGCGACAACCCUAACCGCCCCGCCUCCGAUCCGCUGCUGCAGGUCACAGAGGUGACGGCACCCACCUUGCCCCUCGGCGGCGACAACCCUCGCCAUCCACAGCAACAACAACAACAACAACAGUGCAGUAUUGCGGCGAGGCUGCAGCGAGAGCAGCAGCAACCACAGCACCACCACCGCCAGCGCGGCCAGUUGACAACCCUGGCGCUGCUGCUAAUGGCCCUCGUGGCACUCAGCAACCUGGAAACCCUGCUCGCCGUGCGCACCGAAGGACCACGCAAUCGCCAUGGAUCCCCAGGUGGCAGCUUGGCCAGCAGCACAGGCGGUGGCCUCAGCGCCGGUGGCAUCAACACGGAGUGUCCGACGGACUCGUUUCGCUGCAACAACGGCAAGUGCAUCUCGCACCACUGGGUCUGCAAUUACCAGAAGGACUGCGACGACGGCGAGGACGAGAUGCAAUCGUGCCCCCCACCGGAAUGCGAAACGCCGCAACUGAAUUGCGGGCAGUAUGUGUUCAACAAGACCUAUUGCAUCCCUCCUCAUUAUCGAUGCGAUAUGAUCGAGGAUUGCGAGGAUAAGUCCGAUGAGGCGCAGUGCACUUACCGAAAGUGCCAGCACACGGACGUCUUUUGCAAUGCCCCCAAUGGAGCCGCUCCAGCGGAGGGAACCCGACUCGCGGGUCCUUGCGUUCCAAAGGAGAAGCGAUGCGACGGCUACUUGGACUGCCGCACUGGACGGGAUGAAGAUGGCUGCAACGGGGUGUCCUGCCGCCUGGAUCAGUUCCGCUGCGCCAGCGGACACAAGUGCAUCGAUGCCGCUCUGAAGUGCAACCAUCGCGACGACUGUGGCGACAACUCCGACGAACAGGGAUGCAAUUUUCCGCCCUGCCACCACGCCCAGUUCCGCUGCUCGAACGCGCUGUGCAUCCCGUACAACUUCCACUGCGACGGCUACAACGACUGUGCGGAUAAGAGCGACGAGGCCAACUGCACGGCCAUCGCCUGUCCGGACAACAAGCACCUGUGUCCCCGCGGAGGAGCCAGCGGCACCCCCAAGUGCAUCCUCAAGUCGCAGCUCUGCGACGGCAAGCGGGAUUGCGAGGACGGGAGCGACGAGGAGACCAACUGCUCGAUUGCUUCUUGUCCCGCACUGAGUUGCGAGUUCAAGUGCGGACCCUCGCUGACGGGCGGCGUUUGCUACUGCAAGCCGGGUCAAUCUCUGGCACCCGACAACCGGACCUGCGCUGACCUCGACGAGUGCGCCGAGUGGGGUCACUGCGACCAGCUGUGCACCAACACCCUGGGCUCGUACACCUGCCAGUGUGCCCAGGGCUACACGCUGAUCAACGACUCCAAGUGCAUUGCCCCCGACGCGAACAACCUGCAGCUGAUCUUCGCCCACGAACGGGCCAUCAUGCGAAUGCUGCCCCACGGAAGUGAGCCCAAGGUUCUGGCCAACGCAACAGCGGCAGCGGGCGUUACCUUCCACUAUGCCAGGAACACCCUGUACUGGUCCGAUAUCAAGACGCGGAAGGUGCAAUCCCUGCCGCUGGAUGCACAGAACAAGGCCGUGUCGCCGUUCGAUCAAACGCUGCCCGGAACCUGGGCUCCGGUCGCUCUGGCCGUCGAUUGGGUGGGCGACAAGAUAUACGUGGCCGACUUGGUGGGCCAGAAGAUCGAUGUCUUCGAGCUGAGUGGCCAGUGGCAUGCCGUGGUGCUGGGCUCGAAUCUCACCUCGCCCGCUGACCUGGCACUGGAUCCCACGGCGGGACUGAUGUUCGUGGCGGAUGGCGGCCAGGUGUUGAGGGCCCACAUGGAUGGCACCCACGCCCGGUCGAUUGUCUCGGAGGCGGCGUACAAGGCCAGCGGCGUUACCGUGGACAUCAUCGGCAAGCGGGUCUUCUGGUGCGACUCUCUGUUGGACUACAUCGAAUCCGUGGACUACGAGGGCGCUCAUCGCGUGAUGGUUUUGCGGGGACAACAGGUGCCGAGUCCCUCGAGAUUGGCGCUGUUCGAGAACCGAAUCUACUGGACGGAUGCCACCAAGCAGGGCAUCAUGUCGGUGGACAAGUUCGAGGGACCCACCUCCAUUCAGGUGACCUACAAGGCCAAGGACAUUCGGGAGCCCAAAGGAAUCAUCGCUGUGCAUGCGCUCAGCCAGCCGAGGGUCUCGAAUCCCUGUGGCAACAACAACGGUGGCUGCAACCACAUGUGCAUCGUGACCGCGGUGAAGGGAGCGCCCACCGGACUGGGAUUCCGGUGUGCCUGCUCCACGGGCUACCAGCUGGAAACGGAUCUGAAGCUGUGCAAGCCGGUUAGCGAGUUCCUCAUGUACUCGCAGCAGAGGUUCAUCAAGGGCAAGGUUUUGGAGCCGGUGAUCGAGGGAUUCAGCGAUGCCAUUAUGCCAGUGGUGUCGAGGAGAGCUCGUUUCGUUGGAUUGGACUUUGAUGCCCGCGACGAGUUCAUCUACUACUCGGACGUCCUGCAGGAUGUGAUCUACAGGGUGCACCGAAACGGAACCGGCAGGGAGAUCGUCUUGGCCUCCCAGAACGAAGGUGUUGAGGGUUUGGCCGUCGAUUGGGCCUCCAAGAAUCUCUACUACAUCGAUUCGCGCAAGGGAACCUUGAAUGUCCUCUCCACCAGGAAUGUGACCCACCGAAGAACUCUGCUGAAGAACCUCAAGCGUCCCAGGGCCAUUGUGGUCCAUCCGAAUCGCGGUUUCAUCUUCUUCUCCGAAUGGGAUCGUCCUGCGAAUAUCACGAGGGCAAACACAGAUGGAAGUGGUCUCUUGGUAUUCAAGAAUGUAACCCUCGGCUGGCCAAACGGUCUGUCCAUUGACUUCAAGGAGGAUCGAGUGUACUGGUGCGAUGCCUUACUCGAUCACGUUCAGCAUGCCAACUUGGAUGGCACGGACAUCAAGACAGUGAACUCCCGACUGGUGCGACAUCCCUUCUCGAUUGUCAUUCACAACGAUUGGAUGUACAUCACGGACUGGCGAUUGGAUGCCAUCAUCCGGUUGCACAAGCUCACGGGAGAGCAGGAGGAGAUGAUGGUCAGGGAACCGCAAACAAAUCGACUCUAUGGCGUCAAGGUGUACAGUCACGAGGUUCAGAGGAUUGCGGAAACGCAACCCUGCCACAGGAAUAACGGUGGCUGUCAGAAGAUCUGCUUCGCCGUUCCGAUCGGCGGUCAGAAUGGAACUUCCGGUGAGGUCACCACCUCGCCGUCACCUUCCUUUGGUCGCCUGCAGGCUCGCUGUUCGUGUCCUUAUGGCGAACGGCUGGCCGAGGAUCAAGUGAGCUGUAUUCCCGAUCCCAGUGCCGAACCGCCCGUGCAACCCUGUCCGAAUUCCUGGGACUUCACCUGCAACAACCAGAGGUGCAUACCCAAGUCGUGGGUUUGCGAUGGCGACGACGAUUGCCUGGACAACAGCGAUGAGGAGCAGAACUGUACAAAACCCACCUGCGGAUCGAACGAGUUCCAGUGCCGUUCGGGUCGCUGCAUUCCCCAGAACUUCCGCUGCGAUCAGGAAAACGACUGUGGCGACAACUCCGAUGAGCAGGAGUGCGGCAACGUGACCUGCGGCACCUCCCAGUUCGCCUGCGCCAAUGGACGCUGCAUUCCCAACAUGUGGAAGUGCGACAGCGAAAACGAUUGCGGCGACAGCAGCGAUGAGGGUGACUUCUGUGCCGAAAAGACCUGCGCCUACUUCCAGUUCACCUGCCCGCGAACGGGUCACUGCAUUCCCCAGAGUUGGGUUUGCGAUGGCGACGACGACUGCUUCGAUAAGCAGGACGAAAAGGACUGUCCGCCGAUCUCCUGCCUGGCGAAUCAGUUCAAGUGCGCGGACCUAAGGCAAUGUGUCGAGGAGUCGUACAAAUGCGAUGGCAUUCCGGACUGCAACGAUGGCUCCGACGAACUGGGAUGUCCCUCAAUGGACCCCAAUCAGUGCAAUGCGGAGAAGCAGUUCCGCUGCAAGUCCACCGGCUUCUGCAUUCCGAUUGCCUGGCAUUGCGAUGGGUCCAACGAUUGCUCGGACCAUUCCGAUGAACAAGACUGUGGCCAGAUCACCUGUGCCCAGAACUUCUUCAAGUGCAACAACACAAACUGCGUGUUCAAGGCGUACAUUUGCGAUGGCAAGGAUGAUUGCGGGGACAACUCAGACGAGGGAGCCGAGCACGCCUGUGUGCCGCCACCCUUCAAGUGCGCCCACGGUCAGUGGCAAUGUCCCGGGGUCUCGGAGCGCUGUGUGAACAUCACCUCCGUGUGCGACGACACUCCCGAUUGUCCCAACGGCUCCGAUGAGGGAGAGGGCUGCGACUUGGCCGAGUGCGAACACCAGGCGGGUCAGUGCUCCAGCUUCUGCCAGAAGACGCCCAACGGAGCUCUGUGCGUGUGUCCGCCCGGUUCGGAGAUCGGAAAGGAUGGCUACACCUGCGAGGAUACGAACGAGUGCGAUCCGCCCGGACUUUGCUCGCAGCAGUGCACCAACACCAAGGGCUCGUACUUCUGCUCUUGCACAGACGGCUACACCCUGGAACCGAACAAGCACACCUGCAAGGCGGUCAACCACACCGCCGCCUUCCUGAUCAUCUCCAACCGCCACUCCAUCCUCGUCGCCGAUCUCAAGGAACAGGGAUUGGAGCGGGUGCCGAUCAUCGUGGAGAAUGUGGUGGCCACCGCAUCGAACAUGCACACCGGCACCAUUUUCUGGAGCGACAUGAAGCUGAAGAAGAUCUCGCGAUUGGACCGGGGCAUGGAGCCGCAGGAGAUCAUCAACACAGGCCUGGAUUUGGUGGAGGGUCUGGCCUACGACUGGAUUGCCCAGAAUCUCUACUGGCUGGACAGCAAACUGAACACGAUUGAGGUUUCGGCGGAGAACGGCUCGAAUCGCUUGGUUUUGGUCAGGGAGAACAUCACGCAACCGAGGGGCAUGUGCAUCGAUCCGAGUCCCGGUGCCAGGUGGAUUUUCUGGACCGACUGGGGAGAGAAUCCGCGAGUGGAGCGAAUCGGCAUGGACGGCACCAUGCGGAAGACCAUCAUCAACACGAAGAUCUAUUGGCCGAAUGGUCUGACUUUGGACAUUGCCACCAAGAGGGUUUACUUUGCCGACUCGAAGCUGGACUUCAUUGACUUCUGCUACUACAACGGAACCGGAAGGCAGCAGGUCCUGGCCAGCAGUCACUAUCUGCUGCAUCCGCAUUCGCUGUCCCUGUUCGAGGACACCUUGUACUGGACGGACAGGCAGUUGAAUCGCGUUCUCUCGGCCAACAAGUUCCGUGGCAAGAACCAGACGGUGGUUUCCCAUCUGAUCAGUCAACCACUGUCGAUCCACGUGCACCACGCCUCCCUGCAACCCAUGUCCCCGAAUCCCUGUGCCGGAGCUCGUUGCCAGCACCUGUGUCUCCUGAGUCCCAGUGCCUCGGAGGGUUACUCCUGCAAGUGCAAGCCGGGCUUCAAGCUGCUGAGCGAGGGUCGCUGCAUCGAGGAGGAGAAUCCCUUCCUCAUGGUCGUCAAGGGUACGCAGAUCGUGGAUCUCCCCCUGAACGGAGGCGACGCCAGAGCCGGAGCCUUGGCCCCGGUCAUUGGAAUCGAGAGCAGCACGGGACUGGACUUCGAUCGGAAGGGCGAGACCCUCUACUGGGUUCAGGGAAGGGAGGAUGACGACGAGAACUGCACCAUCUACACCACCCCUUACGGCGGAGGCAACAAGACGCUGUUCCUGGGCAUCGAGAACGGAAUUGUGGGAGCUCCCUACACCAUCGCUUUCGACUGGCUGGGCAGGAAUCUGUACAUCGGCAACCGAGUGGCCAGCAACAUAGAGGCUGUUCGGGUGGACGGCAAGCAGAAGUAUCGCACCAUCAUCCUGGCCAACGAUGGCUAUCCCAAUUCGGUUUCGCGACCCAAGCAAAUCGUCCUGGAUCCCACCGACGGCAAGCUCUUCUGGAUCGACGAGGGAGUGCUCGAGGUGCCGGUGAAGAUCGGGCGAGUGGACAUGAACGGACAGAAUCCGAUAGUGGUCUUCAAGGACUUCGCCCAUCCCGAGUCCCUGGCCGUGGACACGGAGAAGAAGAUGCUGUACUACAGUGCCAGCAAUCCGGCGGUGAUCGGUUCGAUGGACUACAACGGCGAGGACCACACCACGAUCAUCAUGAAGGACUCGCACCCGAUGGCCAAGCCGCGCAGUCUGGGCAUCCUGGACCACAGGCUCUACUACCUGGAUCCCCUGUACGAGCGGAUCGUGAGGGUCGAUCUGCCGCACGGUGACAAUCCCCGGACGAUAGUGGACAACGAGUCCGACCUGCGGUCCAUGAUGAUCUACAAGAAGCGCGCCCUGAUGCAGCAUCCCUGCCAGACGAACAACGGCGGCUGCAAGCACCUCUGCAUUCCCGGCGUGGCGGCCACCAGGACCUGUGCCUGUGGCAUCGGCUACAAGAAGGAGAACGAGAUCAACUGCGUGGCGUACAAGACCUUCGCCGUGGUCUCCCAGCUGGACAUGAUCAGGGGCUACAGCCUGAGCGACAGCUCGGAGGCAAUGGUGCCGGUGAGCGGACCGGGCCACCACAUCCUCCACGUGGACGUGAUGUACCGCGAGCAGUGGAUCUACUGGGCGGAGUACAACCGGGGCUACUGGAACGGCAUCUUCAGGUCGCGACCCAAUGGCACCGACCUGCAGCACGUGGUGAAGGACGGCAUCGGCAGCAACGGCAUCCGGGGACUGACCAUCGACUGGGUGGCCGGGAACAUGUACUUCACCAACGUGUAUCCGCACGAGAACUACGUGGAGGUUUGCUGGCUGGACGGCAGCAACAGAAAGGUGCUGGUAAAGACGACCACGGACGCGCCCCGCGAACUGGCAGUGAAUCCGAUCAAGCGGCUGCUCUACUGGAUCGACUACGGUCAGCAUCCCAGGAUUGGAAAGGCCCUACUGGAUGGCAGCAAGUGGACGCCCCUGGUGACGUCGGGUAUUUCGUUGCCGCGCGAUCUCACCAUCGACAUGCAGACCCAUGACAUCUACUGGGUGGACUCGAAGUUGGACACCAUCCAGAAGAUCUCGUACAACGGUGUGAAUAGGAAGGUGAUCAGGAGGGACCUGCCCAAUCCGAUGGGCAUUGCUGUCUAUCUGAACGAUGUCUACUGGGUGGACAGGAACCUGAUGACCGUGUUCAAGGCCUCCAAGCACAGUGCCAAUGAGACGGCGACGCGGGUGAGGACCAACCUGGAGAAGCUGCGCGACAUCGCCAUCUACAACAUCAACAACCAGCCGCAGGACGACACGAAUCCGUGUGCCCACCUGGGCAAUGGCGGCUGCGAUCAGCUGUGCUUCAGUUUUCCACCGGAGGGCGGGGCCACCGGUCCGUCGGGCAGGAACUUCCGCUGCGAGUGCGCCACCGGAAAACUGGGCGCCGAUGAACGCAAGUGCGAGGUUGUCAACGAGUACCUGGUCUUCGCCACACGCACUGAGAUUCGAGCUGUGAAUCUGGAUCCCCAUUCCACGGAGGUGCCGUUCACUCCGCUCACGAAUCUCACGAAUGUCGUGGGUCUGGACUUUGACUUCGCCGACAACCGAAUGCUGUACACCCAGAUUCGGCCGUGGGCCAAGAUUGCCUACACGAAGGCCAACAAGCCGGGACACGACGACAUCACCGUGGUGCUGAACAAGGGCAUCAAUCCCGAGGGAAUCGCGUACGACUGGACCCAGCAGAAGAUCUACUGGACGGACAGCUCGAACAACUCGAUCUACGCGAUGAAUCUGGACGGCAGUGAGCUGGUGAUGAUUGCGCGAGUGGAGAGGCCGCGAGCCAUUGUCCUGGAUCCCUGCAACGGUACCCUCUUCUUCACGGACUGGGGCAGGUUCGGAACCUCCGGGAAGAUCUUCCGCACCACGAUGGCGGGAUCGCUGAAGAGGGCCAUCGUGGACAAGGAUCUGUCGCAGCCGAGUGGUUUGGCCAUCGACUACGACGAGAGGCGUUUGUACUGGACGGAUGCGGUGCGGGAGAAGAUCGAGCGAUCCGAUCUGGAUGGCCAGAACAGGGAGCUCCUGGUGGCGGCCACCAUUUACCCCUUCGCGAUAACCGUGUUCAGGAACUACAUCUACUGGACGGACCUCCAGCUGAGGGGAGUGUACCGGGCGGAGAAGCACACGGGUGCCAAUAUGGUGGAGAUGGUGAAGCGACUGGAGGACUCGCCGCGCGACAUUCGCAUCUACAGCGCCGAUCGGCAGAAGUGCAAUGUGAAUCCCUGCCGGAUCAACAACGGCGGAUGCGCCCAGAGCUGCCACCCGGCGCCGAACGGCAAGGCGGAGUGCAAGUGCGACGACAACACCAAGGUGGUCAACGAGGGCCGGAUGUGCGCCCCGAGGAACAACACCUGCGAGGCGAGCAAGUUCUACUGCAAGAACGGCCGGUGCAUUUCGCGGAUGUGGAGCUGCGACGGCGACGACGACUGCGGCGACAACUCGGACGAGGAUCCCAACUACUGCGCCUACCACUCCUGCUCGCCGAACGAGUUCCGCUGCAACAACGGCCGGUGCAUCUUCAAGUCGUGGAAGUGCGACCACGAGAACGACUGCAAGGACGGCUCCGAUGAGCUUGGCUGCACCUAUCCGCCCUGCGUGGAUGGUGAGUUCACCUGCGGCAACGGACGCUGCAUUCCGCAGGCCCAGGUGUGCAACGGAGUGAACGACUGCAAGGACAAUGCCACCUCGGACGAGACGCACGAGCGGUGCCCCAUGAACACCACGUGUCCGGCGAACCAUCUCAAGUGCGAGAAGACGAACAUCUGCGUGGAGCCCUAUUGGCUGUGCGACGGCGACAACGAUUGCGGCGACAACUCCGACGAGGAUCCGCUGCACUGCGGCCAGAGGACCUGUCCCACGAACAGCUUCCGCUGCCCGAACCACCGAUGCAUUCCCGCCACCUGGUACUGCGACGGCGACGAUGACUGCGGCGAUGGAGCCGACGAGCCGCCAGACUACUGCAAGUCGGAGGGACGCACCUGCUUCGGGGACCUCUUCACCUGCGACAACGGCAACUGCAUACCGAGGAUCUACAUCUGCGACGGCGACAACGAUUGCCUGGACAACAGCGACGAGGACAACCGACAUCAGUGCAAUGACCGCAAGUGUGACGAGGAAACGGAGUUCACCUGCGUGGAGAACAAGUCCUGGCAGCGUGCCCAGUGCAUUCCCAAGAAGUGGAUCUGCGACGGAGAUCCGGACUGCGUGGAUGGGGCCGAUGAGAACACCACCCUGCACAACUGUGCCACCCAACAGCCCUGCGGCGAGGAUAUGUUCACCUGCGGCAACGGACGUUGCAUCAAUAAGGGAUGGAUCUGCGACCAUGACAACGACUGCGGCGACGGCACCGACGAGGGCAAGUUCUGCAACUCAAAGUACAAGACCUGCUCCACGGCGGAGUUCACCUGCCAGAACUUCAAGUGCAUCCGCAACCAAUCGCGGUGCGACGGCGAGGACGACUGCGGCGACCACUCGGACGAGGUGGGCUGUGCCAAGGAGAACAUCACCUGUCCGCACGGCCAGUUCGCCUGCACGAAUGGCCAGUGCAUCGACUACAGUCUGGUGUGCAACAAGUAUCCCGACUGUGCCGACGAGUCCGAUGAGCCCGCCCACUGCAACGUGGACGAGUGCGCCAAGGUGGAGAUCAAUCAGUGCGGUCACAAGUGCGUGGACACGCUAACUGGUUACUACUGCGACUGCAACGAGGGUUACAAACUCCUUGCCGAUGGCAAAGCCUGUGCGGAUGUGGACGAGUGCUUGGAGCAGCCAGGUGCCUGUUCGCAGCACUGCUCCAAUACCCCCGGCGGAUUCUACUGCAAGUGCGACGAGACCUACUACGAACGGCAGAACGACGAGCACACGUGCAAGCGAAAGGACAAGAUUCCACCGUGGUUGAUCUUCACCAACAAGUACUACGUGCGGAAUAUGUCGGUGGACGGACACCAGUACAACCUGAUGCACCAGGACCUGAUGAACGUGGUGGCUCUGGACUUCGAUAUUCGCGAGGAGUACAUGUACUUCUGCGACGUGACGGCCAAGACGAUCUUCAGGGCGAAGUAUGGCGAGGCGGACGACGAAAUGCCGCCGGAGAGGGAGGCGGUCAUCAGGCACGAUUCCCACGGACUGGAGGGCAUCGCCAUCGAUUGGGUGGGCCGCAAGCUCUACUGGCUGGACAGGCACUCCAAGAACCUCGAUGUCUCCGAGUUGGAUGGGACCAAGCGAAAGACCCUGCGCAGUGGAGUGGUGGAUCCGCGUGCCAUUGUUGUGCAUCCCGGAAUCGGUUACCUGUACUUCACCUCGUGGCACCUGCAAGCCUACAUUGCCAAAAUGGGCAUGGAUGGCUCGAAUUUCUCGAGGAUCCUGAACUGGAACGACGGCAUCGCCUGGCCGAAUGCCCUGUCCAUCGAUUACUUCACGGACCGCAUCUACUGGGCAGACGCCCACUUGGACUACAUAGCCUAUGCCGAUCUGGAGGGCAGACACCGUCACACGGUGCUGUCCGGAAGCAAGGUGCCGCACGUGUUCGCCCUCAGUCUCUUCGACGACUACAUCUACUGGAGCGACUGGAACCUGAAGGCGAUCCUGCGGGCGAACAAGUUCCAUGGGGCCAACUACACCGUGCUGAGGAACACCACCCAUCGUCCCUACGACCUGCACAUCAACCAUCCGCUGAGGCAGCUGCCCUACACGAAUCCGUGCGGCACGAACAACGGCGGCUGUUCGCAUCUCUGCCUGAUCGCCCCGCCGCCGGAGUCCACCUACCUGAACAUCGAGGGCUACAUCGAGGAGGGAGCUCCGAUCUACAAGUGCGCCUGUCCCAACCAGUUCUACUUGGCCCGCGACAUGAAGACCUGCGUGGCCAACUGCACGGCGGGCCAGCAUCUGUGCGGCGGUCGCGACGAGAAGUGCAUCCCGUGGUUCUGGAAGUGCGACGGCGAGAAGGACUGCAAGGACGGCUCCGACGAGCCGGCCACCUGUGCCCCUCGCCACUGCCGCGCCGGCACGUUCCAGUGCAAGAACACCAACUGCACGCCCUCGGCGACGAUCUGCGAUGGCGUCGACGACUGCGGCGAUCGCAGCGACGAACAGAACUGCGACCUGCCCUGUCCGCUCUCCGAUUUCAAGUGCAAGUCCAGCGGAAGGUGCAUCCUGGACAGCUGGCGGUGCGACGGAGACGCCGACUGCAAGGACGGCAGCGAUGAAGAUCCCGCCGUGUGCUUCAAGCGCACCUGCGAUCCCAAGACGGAGUUCUCCUGCAAGAACGGACGCUGCAUUCCGCAGCUGUGGAUGUGCGACUUCGACAACGAUUGUGGCGACGACUCGGACGAGCCGGCGUACAUGUGCCGCCAGAGGAACUGCACCACCGGCUGGCAGAGAUGCCCCGGCCAGUCCAACUACCGCUGCAUACCCAAGUGGCUGUUCUGCGAUGGCAAGGACGACUGUCGCGACAACAGUGACGAGCUGCCCGAGAACUGUCCCAAGUGCAAUCCCGAAACGGACUUCAAGUGCGGCAACAACCGAUGCAUACCCAAGCAAUGGAUGUGUGACUUCGCGGACGAUUGCGGCGAUGCGAGCGAUGAGAACGAGGCGGUGUGUAAGGGUCGCUACAGGGAGUGCUCCGAGUCGGAGUUCCGCUGCAACAACGGCAAGUGCAUCUCCUCCCGCUGGCAGUGCGACCACGAGGACGACUGCGGCGACAACUCGGACGAGAUGCACUGCGAGGGCUACCAGUGCAAGAACGGCACAUUCCAGUGCUCCUCCGGCCAUUGCAUCGCCUCCUACUUCCGCUGCGACGGCGAUCGUGAUUGCCGGGACAUGUCCGAUGAGGUGGGCUGUCCACCGAGAUUCCCGGGUGGUCGCUACUGUCCGGAGUCGCGGUUCCAGUGCAACAACAACCUGUGCGUCUCCGUCUCCGAUCUGUGCGACGGCACCGACGAUUGCGGCGAUGGCAGUGAUGAGGACCCGAGUGUCUGCAGUGACUUCACCUGCGAUACUCUCCGGCGAUUCCAGUGCGCCAACCACAGGUGUGUGGCCAGGUAUCAGGUGUGCGAUGGCGUGGACAGCUGUGGCGAUGGAAGUGACGAGAACAACAUGACAUUGUGCGCCAGCAAGCAGAAGCCCUGCGAUCUGUACACGCAGUACCAGUGUGCCAACAAGCACUGCAUCGAACGCUCCCAGGUUUGCGACUUCUCCGACGAUUGCGGCGAUGCCAGCGACGAGUUGGGUUGCCACCACACGAGCAGCUGCUCCGAACAGAACCGCGGUGGCUGCCAGCACCACUGCCACAAUCUCACCGAUGGCGGUUACAUCUGCACCUGCUAUCCCGGCUACAUAAUCGCCGCCGACAACAAGAAGAAGUGCUCCGAUGUGGACGAGUGUCUGACCAGACAGCACACGUGCUCGCACCAGUGCCACAAUCUGAAUGGCACCUACUCCUGCAGCUGCCGCGAAGGAUUCCACCUGACGGACGGCGCCAGUGGCGUUUGUCGUGCCGAGAAACAGGAUGUGAUACUCGUCUUUGCCAAUGGGCAGGAGAUCAGAGGUCUGGAUCUGCAGAAGCGCGAGGAGUUCGACGUGAUCGCGGCGGAGAAGAGGAUCGAGGCGCUGGACUACGAUGCCCAGCAGCAGAUUGUCUUCUGGGCGGACAGCUACGACAAGACGAUCAAGCGGUCCUACAUGGUGAAUGCGAUCGAUGGCAGGGCCAAGAUUGGCUUCGCCCAGGAUCUGAACAUGAAGGGUGGAUCGAAACCCACCGCCGUGGCUGUGGAUUGGCUGGCCUCAAAUCUUUAUUGGACGGAAAUGGAUAGAACGGGCUCGAAGCCCAGGGGUCGCGUCAUGGUGGCCAAGACCGAUGGUCGCUAUCGUCGCUCGAUUGUGAAUGCCGGCUUGGAGGUGCCCACCUCGAUUGCGGUGAAUCCGCAGCUGGGCAGGAUCUACUGGUCGGAUGCGGGAUCGGCGCCCAAGAUCGAGGUCUCCUGGAUGGACGGCUCGAAGCGAAGGCCGCUGAUCACCGAAAUGAUCCGACAUCCGGCUGGGCUGACCAUCGAUUACUCGCAGGACCACAUCAUCUACUGGGUGGACACCAAGCUGAAUGCCAUUGAGUCCAUGAGGGCCGAUGGUUCGAGGAGAAAGGCCAUCGUGAAGGGCGACCAACUGAGGCAUCCGGUGUCCCUGGAUCUCUUCGAGUCGAACAUGUUCUGGGUGACCCGCGACUCCGGCGAACUGGUGCGCCUGGACAAGUUCGGGCGCGGCGUGCAGGUGGUGCUGCAUCGCAACCUCAUCAAUCCGUCCGGCCUGAAGGUGUACCACGACAAGCGGUACAACACCUCGCUGCCCAAUCCGUGCGACAACUCCACCUGCUCGCACCUCUGCCUCCUCGUCCCGGGCGGCCAUCGGUGCGCCUGUCCCGAUGCCUCUGGUCCGCCGCCCUCGCAUCGCAGCACCGCCGAGGUGAUUUGCAACGCUGCUGCGGAGCAUCCGCGUCCCGCCCCGCGGAUAUGUCCAUGCCAGAAUGGCGGCUGGUGCAAGGAGGACGCCCAAGGGGAGCUCGUCUGCGAGUGCCUCUCCGAGUUCCGCGGCGACCACUGCGAGACGAGCACGACGGGCGCCUUCGGCCACGGCGGCGCCAAUCUCACCGCCGUCGUGGUGCCCAUCAUGGUCAUCCUGCUGGUGAUGAUGGCCGCCGCCGGCGCCUGGUACGUCAUCCGGAAGCGACCCUUCGGCAAACUGGCUCGCAUGCCGGCGAUGACCUCGUCGCAGAGCGUGACCUUCCGCCACGGGUCGAACGUGGAGUUCAGCGAGAGCGGCUUCCCGGGCGCAUCCGCCCCAGGAGCCAACGAUGUGGCGCCCAUCGAGGGAUACAACCUGCAGACGGUGAACGCGAACAAGGCGCGUGACUUUGCGAAUCCGAUGUACGAUGCGGUGCAAUCGGGCACCACCGCCGAUCCGGGCAUGGGCAACGGUUCCGGCAUCUACGAUGUGCCCGGGGAGCCGUCGGCGAAGGGCAAGGCGAUGGGCCACCACGCGGGCGGAUCGUUCACGGAGCCCGCCUCGGCGAUCAUCGCGCCGAGCAGCAUCACGCACAAGGCGUCGCCGCAGCUGCAGCUGCGCACCAGGGAGCUGGACCCAUCGGCGGACACCGGCAAGGACACGCAGUUCCUGGUGGAGGAGGACAAGUCCGAGUGCUGAUAUCAAGCCCGUCAAGCGGUUGCCAUCGCCAGUUGCCGCCAGCAGCGACGUCAGCAGCAGCAGAAGCAGCAGCAACAGCAAUUGGAGAACAGCUAUCCGCUGCAGACAUAACACAUAACGAUGCUGAAGCAACGGCGGCAGCAACUGCAACUGCAACACCAGCAACACCAGCAACAUCAGCAACAUCGGUCGCCCCAACUGCAGCAACAGCAGCAGCAGCAGCAACAUCAGCCGCUGGCAGAGGGACGCUCUAGUAGUAAACAUCACAAAUCCUGGCAGCUAGCCACCGCCGGCAAGGUCACCACCAAGGUCUAGCCUUGCCCCCAGAAAGAGAAACAGAAAAAGAGGAAGAAGACGAAGAGGAAGAGGCGAGAUAACCACACACACACACACACACACACAUAGACACCACCCACAAGAAGAGGAGCAACACGAUGGGAUUGGGAGGAGAGGAGUAGAAGGAGGCAGCCGAGGAUCAGGUCCUCGGGGGGAGGGGACGGCAAUAAACAUAUCCAAAAAAAACAAAACGAAAGGAAACGAAACAAAAACAUAUGCAACUCCCCACAACAAGAGAAAAAACCAACUAUAAACUGUUGCAAUUAUUAUUAAAUAAUACAUUAACACUAAAAACAAAACAAAACUAUAAAUGUACACAAAAACAAAACACUAAGAGCGAAGCGAAAAAGCAAUUUUUGUAAAGCCAAUUUUUUGUAGCCUACUGUUUUUUUUUAUUUUUGUGUGAAUCUAAUGUUUUUUGCUAAUCGAGAUACUUUUGCGCAAAAGAGGAGAAUUGUAUAGAAAGCAAGCAAAAACGAUAAAAAAAAAACGAAACAAAAUUAAGGCAAAAAGUAUAUUUUUUUGAAAGCUAAAUGACAAUAUUAACUAUAUAUGUAUGUAAAUCGGAAAACAAAAUAUCUAUAUGUAUACACAAGGCAACUAAGGGACAAUGGGUUCCCAGCUAGGAUUUCUAUAUAUUUUUCUAAAAAAUAACAAAAAAAAGCGAGCUAAAAAAUAUACAACAAAAUAUAUAUAUGUGUAAAACUAAAUGUAACAAGCGAAAGAUAACACUUUUGUGCUAAAACCAGGGUGGAAAACAAGCAUUCCCACACAUAUAUAUCUAUUUAUGAUAAUUAAUUUUAUUAUUUAUUCAAACACACACAGACAGGACACAGAAAAGUGCUAAUUAUCCCGAAGAAGUUUGGCUAUUCGAGACUCGAAAUUCGCAAUACAUUCCAAAAAUGAAAAUUUACAAACAACCCCCCUCCCCCCAUCCACAAUGUGCAACAAAGAAAAGCGAAGCUUUUCCAUUCUCCCUAAUUUUUUUUGGUUCUCGCGCAAGCCAACCUGCUUUUCUAUUUUUUUUGUUCUUUGUGUGUGUAGUUGAAACUUGUCGCGCGUGUUUUUUUACACAUCAAUAUAUAUAUAUAUAUAAAUAUUUUAUUUUUUAAUUAUAUCAUCGAUUUAUGAAUUGUAUUAUGAUUUAUGAUUUAUCUUUCUCGUCGAAAGUCGUAAUGUGUGUGCAUUUUUUUCAUUUUCGUUCUCUGUGCAAAAUCUGUGCUUCCCUUCAUUUAAGCGUGUUUUUAGCAUAAAUUUUAGUGAAAGAUGAAAGAAACUAAAGCUGUAUACGCCAAUCGGGCCAUAUACAACGCUAUAUGUGAAGUUAAUUGUAUAUUUAAUGUCAAGCUACAUAAUGGAUAACGAAAAACCAGAACAUAAUAAGAGUAAAACUACGAAUGAAAUGAAAAACUAUUUGUUGAAAGAAUAAA